AUGCCUGGCCCUCCCGGCCUCUGGCGGCACUUGCUGCCAUGGCCUUCAACGGCCGACGCCGAAUCCGAUGCCGCCCCGACGACUUCAACGGCCGAACCAUUGCAGAGCCGCUUCGCCAAGCGCGAUUUAUCAGAUGGCGCCGUCGCCGGUGUCACGGUCGGCGUCGUCUUCUCCUGCCUGCUCCUCGUCUUUUGCCUCUACCCCGUCGUCGUUGGCUUCUUGAAGCGUCGCAAGAGGGAUAGGCGCCUCAAUCAGCACCUCGAUCUCGAGGCUCCCAUUACGCAUGGACACGACCUAAGAGAUGGCCCGCGCCCGCGGCUUUCGUCAAGCGACUCUUUGAAAAACAGCCAUACCUUGUCCAGAGGAUACGACUUUGAUCCGGCCGCCCAAACCGAAGGAGCGCCCAGCCCAGACCCUGCAUUGCUCAAUUUUGCCUGUUACGACCCGGCGACCGCAACGGGCACCGUCGAAUACAUGCCCGAGCAUAUGGUCGAUGAUGGCCAACCAGGGGUACUCAAAGGCACAAGCGAAGACUACUACCGAGCAUCGAUACCUUCUUCAGCCUUUGGCAUGAGUGAUGUGCCCUUCAGUGUCGAGCCCUCGACGACGUCGAGAGCUAGUUUGCUAUCACACAAUGUCCGCCGCAUGUUCCGCCGCAAAAGUGACAGGAAUCAAACCUUGAGCUCUGUCGGUUCCUCCAGCAAUGGUACCGAGCAAGGUGCGACGCCGCUGCAACGCAUCAUCACGGCCGAGGAGGCCAUGGCCGAGUCGCCGACGCAGCUCUCGCCAAGCUCUAGCCCAUCUCCGCAGUCUCGUUCUGUAAAACUACCACCAUUGGUUACGCCAAAAGGACCAUCUGCUGAGUCUCCCGAUACCGCCUUAUCCAACACGUCGCCACGGACACUCCUCCACUCGCCAUCACCUCCACAUAACCCAGCACCCGGAACAGUGAACCCCAUGGACAUCAUGGCGCCUAGUACGGAAUCAGAACUGUGGCACAGAACAGAGGCUCAGAUAUAUGCAUCGUCGUACGAAGCGCCGCCUCCACAGCCGCUACAGUCUCCUGCGAACAUGGAUCAGUCUUCACCAGACGACAUGAAUCUAGCCAGCUCGCCAGAGGCAAUCGUGAGCUCGACAAACGAAAAUACGCCGGAGCAGAACAAUUUCGCACAAAGCCAGUCUGACGCAAGUGAAGAGAAGCGUAUUUACACGGACAACAUCAAACCUGUAGGACGUCAUCCAAGCUUCCCGUCAGAACAUUCAACGCCUCUGCCCGGCCCAGGAUUCACCGAUGUCUCAUCACAAAAUACCCCAUCAACACAGCUGGAUACCCCGUCUCCAGACUCGCAGAACAGCUCCGACUUUCGCCACAGUGCUUCCCCAGAGGUUAUCGCGAACCAUGUAGCCUCGCCUGUAAAGAACCAGGACGGCAUGUAUCAUUGCGAUGAACCUGGCUGCACCCAGUCUUUUGAUCAACCACACAAGCUCAAACAUCACCAGCGAUAUCACAGCAAAGACCACAAGUGCAUGUAUCCCGGCUGUGGCAAGGGCUUUGGCACCAAAACACACUUGCAGCGUCACAUCAACGAUAGACACGAAAAGAAGAAGAAAUUUCAUUGCUCGAUAGAGGGUUGCGACUACUCAAAGCUUGGUGGCAGGGCGUUUCCCAGAAAGGACAACUGGAAGCGGCACAUGAUCAAGAUUCACAACCUCGAGCAACAGCAGCUACCCAGUCCCGUCGAGGUGGAUGUGGAAAUGACAGGCGUAUAG